AUUUUACCGGAAGUUAGGGACGUAAACAAGCAGAGGGAAUGUCUGAGCGCCAAGUUUAACGAACAGCAAAAGUCAUGUAAAGAUCAUAAGAUGUCUUAAAUGAGUGAAAAGCAUAUAGACUUGACAUGUCACAGUCCCAGUCCAGCUUCCUGGAGACGGUGGUCAGCUGGGAUGGUACCCAGUGUCAGGUCAACCUGGACACAGCCCUCCCACGGCUCAUCAGAUGUUUUCAAGAGGUGAAUGUUGUACAGGAGCAGAUUGGAAUUCUUAAAAUCAUAUGCCAUUCCUUCUUGCCAUGUGUUGAAGCAAUUCAAGCCGAGGAAAAACUUUUUAGCAAACUUAUUGACGAGGUGUGUGGUGUGUUUGACAAAGCUCUGGAUGAAAUACAUCAGUACACACAAAAUACAGACAAGAAAUCCAGUAUCCCUGAGAUCAACACAAACCUACAGGUUUUAUUGGACCUGCUGGAGUUUAUGGAAACAUGCCUUUGUCACAUGCAGAAUGGAAAUGUAGCUCUAAACUGGAGCCAUAUUCACUCUCUACCCAGAGGGACCGUUCACUUCCUGAAGGGGGCGUACGGACAUUGCAUGGACAGUGGAGAUAUAUACCAGGAUCUGUUGAGUUCCCUGUCAGCCCCUCUCUCCACCCUCUUCAAGAAAACUCACUCCUUACAAGUGGCUUUCCUGCGUCUCCUAGACAACAUCAAACUGAGUGACCCCGUCACUGAACAAGAUGUCCUCGACCUCACUCAGGUUUGCCAUGGCCUGUUUGAUGUUUGUCAGAUUGUAACAUCUUUGGAUAUGAAGUUAAUGGUAACCCUAUGGAAAGCUAUAUCUAAACAUGCGAUCAAUAACAAGGUCCACGUGGGUCAGAGGUUAGAGGUGGGGGAGAUGAUUGGUCACCUUUGUGGGGAGAUCCAGAGUGGCUUCCUGUUUCUACUCCAGCUGAUUCCAGGGGUGGAUCCAGAAGGAGUGGUUUUAUCUCAGGGAGAUGAGAAAGGAUUCCAGAAAUCCCUCAAGAUUCUGGGAUUCCAGAUGAAGAUCCUAGUCAUGUUGGUGCGGGAAUUCUCGGACAUUAUACACGGCUGUGAGGAGCCGGUCUAUGGCUUACUCCUGACACUUAUGAGAAUUGCUUCCCCCAGUUUGUCAUCCCAGCAGAUAGAUGAGAAACAUCUCAAAGACAUAAGGCAGCAUUUAACUAACGCGACUGACGUACUUAUCAAAGCCCUACUGUAUAACAAGACAUUCACAGAGUCAGUCACAGGCACAGAGAAAGUCAGCAGUUUGACAGAUGAAGACAGUUUUCCACAUUUACAGAUGGUACUGAAGGUUUUGGAGAUUCUUCCUCAAUUGUCAGAUGAAGUACAAGACCAGUGGGUGGAUCCAAGAUUAUAUCCCGAGGAUGAGGACAGAUUAAGUGUAAUUGAUGUCGUGUUCAGAACAAUCUCUAAUUGCAGUAAAGAGCUUAACUUGCCCAUCAUCCUUACAGACCCAGUGUUGACAGGAAAACCAGAAAGGGACAUUACUUUGUAUGAGGGGUGCUGCACCAGAUUAUGUGGGUUCCUUGGGUCUUUGUCUGCUAAACAUUUCCUCAGAGCUGAAGGAAUUUUGUUUGAAAAUGUUUGUUCACAUGACCCCUGGUGCCGUCUACUAGCUGAGGAUGUGUGGUGCUUCAUCAUCAGGUAUGGCUCAGCUGACCUCUGUCGAGAUCAUGUGACCUUUUUACUAGAAGUGAUUAAGCAGUGUUGGUCUUUUGACCAUGAGUCUCCAUUGCUUUCAUUGGUCGCUCGAUUAAUUAAGUGUCUGUCUUCUGACCAUCAGACUGAGUUGAUAAGAAAACUAAGCUCUGAAGACGACCUCUCUACCCUUUAUAUCUUGUCCUGCUGUCUACCCAGCCUCUCUGAUGAAAACAAUCAAAAUCUUGUGGACAAAGUCACAGAAAAAUGUUCAAAAACUCUGCAGGAAUUUUCUGUUGCCUCGGAAAAGACACAACAAGACUGCUACAGAAUGCUGAAUGCUGUUUCCUGCCUAUAUGAGAUAUUGGACAAAAGUGAUACGAUGGGGUAUUCCGUCCAGUCAACCGUGACCGAGUCCAUUACAGAUGGGGUCAGUCAGCUGUGGAGAAAUAUGUUUAUCUCAGACUGGACAGACUCAUCACUAUUCGAGCUGUGUCUCCAGCGACUCGUAUUACUCAGCUCACAUCUCUCCUCUCUGCUGGAUAAUGAUGUUCUACUGAAGAUUCUGUCUGUGUCAAGUUCCCUGUUACAACAAGGCUGUACAAACCACCUACAUCUGACGAUUGUCUGUUUUCUGAAGUCCUUUGGUAAAAUCAGGCCUACAGCAACUCCAGAGCAGCCCCAGAUUUUGAAGAAGUUAUCUGACCUCUUUGUGAUGACCUUGACCUCUCCUGACCUAUUUAUUCACCACCAUGGGUUAUCUGCCUUUACACAGUUUGCUGAGAACACAAUACAUGAGUCUGUGGUUCCAGAUUGUAUUGAUCAACAACCUCAGCUUCAAGACUUUGUGGUUCAGUUUCUCAGCAAGAUGCCAUACACUUGUGAAGAGUUGAGUCGACUGGAGUUUUUGAGGAAGGAACCAUACACAAAUCCUACUGUUAACAAAGAAAGAAAUAAUUCUAUAAAGACAGAAGAGCCCAGCUGUAAAAGACCAAGACUAAUGGAUAAUGAUAGUAAAAUAACUACAAAGCUAGGGACGCAGGUAAAGGAGUUGGUGGUAGUGUUACAACAGACUUUAUCAGAGUUAGAGAACUUUAAGAACACAGAGGAUUGCAAUUUGUCGUCAAAUUCCUGGAAUAACCUGGAAACAAUUCACUGUAAAAUUACUGAGAUCUUACAGGAAAAGGGGUGAUUUUUUUGUUUUCCAGUUAAACGUUAUAU